UAGAUAUUGAUUUGUUAAAAAAUCGAACUUUUGGUACGUUGUACAAACACUGUUGAAAAUGUUUCCUAAUUCAUCCUUAUCGUUGUUGACUGUGCGUUUAUUGAAAUUAAUGGUGUCAAGAAAAAAGUGGUCCUUUAGUUCUGAUAUUUAUCUCAGCAGGUGUGUUACAAUAAUUUAUAAUAUUUAUUAGAUGAGUGUGAUGUAAAUAAUGUUUCAAUUAAUCGAAAUAACGGAAAGUGAAGUACCAUCAAAUAAUGAAAAUCUUUCAAUGAUUGAAUCGAUUCAAAAAGUUGAUGAUAAUUUAACGUAUGAAGAAUUCUUUAAAAAUUAUUUAAUUAAAAAUCAACCAUGCAUCUUCAAUUCAACCGUUACCUCUGGUUGGCCAUGUAGGAAUCUGUGGGUAUCAGGAGACGCGCCAAAUUUUGAAUAUCUCACCAAAAUGUUCGGUCGUACAAUGGUACCUGUAUAUGAUUGUCAAGCAAAAUAUUACAAUUCUCAGUUUAAGAAAAAGAUGAAAAUGGAAGAUUUUAUGGAAUAUUGGGUUAAGUAUAAAGAGAAGGAUUAUAUUGCCGAUAUGCCGCUUUUGUAUCUGAAGGAUUGGCAUUGUUCUCAAGAAUUCAAGCAUGUUAAAUUUUACGAAGUACCUUAUUACUUUGCUUCUGAUUGGUUGAAUGAAUAUUUCAUCGCUAAGCAAGAAUUAAAUGAUGAUUAUAUGUUUGUUUAUAUGGGACCAAAGGGAACGUGGACGCCGUUGCACAAAGACGUCUUCCAAUCUUACAGCUGGUCUGCCAAUAUCGUUGGUAGAAAACGUUGGUUAUUCAUUCCGCCAAAAGAAGAAGAGCAAUUUUAUGACGUGCACGGUAACUUGGUGUACGAUGUAUUUUCUGAUGAUCUUAAGAAUCGUAAGUUAUACAAAAAUUACGAUGAGAAAAAUGUUAAAUAUAUAGAAGUAAUACAAGAACCUGGUGAAAUUAUGUUUGUUCCAUCUGGAUGGCAUCAUCAAGUCUGGAAUUUGGAAGAUACUAUUUCUAUUAAUCACAAUUGGAUCAAUGGAUGUAAUAUAAACAUCAUGUGGCUGCAUUUAAAAACAAGUUUGAUUUCCAUUAUGAAAGAAGUCGAUGAUGUUAAGGAUAUGGAUGAUUGGCCUAAACAUUGUCAACUACUACUGGAAAUUAAUCACGGAAUGUUUGAUAAAAUCAAAACUGGUUUACGAUAUGCUAACGAUUAUCUGAAUAUCGUUAAAGAUGUUACCAAUCUCGUAUCUAAAAGUUUCAAUUCAAAUGAUAAAAGAUACACGUCAAAACGUGGAGAUCCGGAAGAACAAGAACAAGAAGAACCAGACAAAAAUCAAGAUUUUCGUCCGACCAAUUUGAUAUCUGCAUUCUUCAGAUUAUUCGGUCUUGAUACGCAAAAAAUUGCAGCCAUUGCCGUUAACAGUGUAAUUUUUCUAGCACAAAUGAUCAGUUCACUCUUCGACUUACCACCAGUGAAAACCGACAAAGUUGAUCGAUCCAUCGAAGAUGAAUCCAACGAUGAAACAAUCCCCCCUUGGGAUCCAUUGAAAUUCAUUCUAGAAAAUAAAAAUGAUAAAAUGAGAUUAUUGUUGGAUGAGGCACGAAACGAGGCACUUACGGAUAAAUUGAUGGACACAAUAGACGGUUUUGAUUCUCCCUGCAUAAGAUUGUUACUAUGUAAAACAUCCAUAGUGAUCAAAUUUGUUCAACAAUCAUUGAAGAACAAGAAGUCAAAUGGUAUUGGUUCGUUUACAGCUUGGUUUCCGUCUAAAGAAGACUUCGAGAGGAACUCCGAUGAGUGUGAGGACAAAUAUACAGAUUGUAGAUUAUUUCCGGAAUCAUGAGUUCAAGGAAUAUAACAGGAUAAAAAGAGAAAGAGAAAGAAACAUAUGAUCUAAAGAUAUCAUCCGAUGAAAUAAAAUCCUCAAAACAAUGUGAUCUAUUAAUAUUAUUAUUAUUGUUAUUUAUUUAUUUAGUAUUUUUUUCUUCAUUUAUUUUUUUUUUGCAUUCAUUUCGUUUCUUUUCUUUACUUUACUUCAAUUUCUCUUAAGGACGCUAAUGUUUCGUAUUGUUCGCUUUGUAUAGAAUUAUUUUUUCCAUUCAUUCAAUAUCUCUCUCAAUAAAUCAAUCGCCUUUUAAAAAUUUCCAUCUUAUACUGUGUCUUCAAAUUUUCGUCUCUAUACAAAUAAUAUCAAUGUAUACUUUUUCUUUUUUUUUUUUUUUCAAAGAUAAAACGAAGUACAAUAAUUGUGUACAGUAAUUACGACAGUCUUUUUGCAAAUCCAUAAAUAAAAAAAAAA